AUGGAUGGUAGGCUCGAGCCCUCCUUCGAUGAGAACGCAGCUGGGCCUCUUCAAGGCAAGGUGAACUCGCCAGACUUCACAGAUUGGCAGAACAUCGAUUGGUCUACAUUGACAAGUUCAAUCACCGAGACAAUUACUUCGCCUGGAGGGUUUAUGGGCUCGCCCUUCGAGGGAAACAAUGGUCUUUUUGAAUCCGGAAACGGCUUCGUCUUUCCCCACAACAGCCCGUUCUAUAUGCGGUAG